AUGGCCCCAAAAGAAUACACCACCAAGGAACAAAUCCUAGCUUUGGCAGAUCCUGACCCGGAAUAUGCCAGCUGGAAAGCAGCAAACCCUAUCCCCAACAUCCCAUGGAACCAACCCGCGCUUCUACGCGCAGGCUAUGAAGAAAUUACCAAGCCCACCUUCGAUGCCCUCUCAAAUCCGGGAAUGGAGUUCUCCAUCCCCAUGCGUGAUGGCUAUCUUUCUCCCACGAGGGUAUACAAGCCGCAAAACCCCCCCGCUUCCCCGAAGCCGCUCAUUGUGAUACUCUUCGGCGGCGGCUUCAUGAUGGGCGAUAAUCGCCAAAUGGCACCUAUGGCGGCGGUGUUGAGUGUCCAGUACGGUGCGACGGUCGUACUACCUUCCUACCGUCUGUCACCUGAGCAUCCGUUCCCCGUCGCGCAAAAUGACACCUGGGACACGCUGAUUUGGAUAUCUGAACACGCCAAAUCAGCACCGGAGCUUGCCGCCGUUGUUGAUCCCUCCGCAGGCUUUGUGCUAUGCGGUGCCAGCUCCGGUGGGAAUAUAGCUGCUCGAUCGGACAGCAUUGGUGGUAUAGUACAAGUCCCUGAGGAAUUCCGUGACGUCUUUCUUUCUCGGGAACAGAAUAAGGAUGCAGACUUCCUGAGCACCUCUGCAAUUGAGUUCGUGGUUCUUUACAACAGGCCCGACCCCCAGAGCCCCCUCGCUAGUCCUAUGAAUUCCAAAACUCCAUGGAAACUUGCCGAGCAGGGCGUCAGGGUCUAUAUAAAUGUUUGUGGCAUAGACCCAUUGCGUGAUGAUGGUUUGAUAUACGAACGUAUCCUGAGAGCGAAUGGUGUCGAGACGAAAUUGGAUGUGUAUCCUGGUGUCCCGCAUGGUCAUAGCCUCUGGUUGCCAUUUCUAGAGUCGUCGAAGCGUACGGUACAGGAUGCCAUGCGCUCGUUCUCAUGGCUCCUUCGUCAGGACGAGUGAUGGUUCCUGUUGAGGUUUCAGGAUCCUUCAAAGACGAGUUGGAAAUCCAACAUUUCCCUCUCUAGCACUACACCCGGAAUACAAGGUCAGAAAAGGAGUAUCAAUUGUCAAUGGAACAACCUUGUUGUAUUCCUACUGCAGAAUUCGACCAUCUUGUCCUCGAAAGAAGUACCAUUGUAGACUCCCAGACAGGGCA